UCUGUAGUGGUGCGCAGAACAACACUAACGCUGAACUUACUUCCCGAAACCAGGGUCAAAUAGUCUGGUCAAAAAUAUUGGUGAUCUGUCUUAUUUGGAAAGGAGACAGGCACCAUCCAAGACCUCACAGACACGAGUUGACAUCCAAGCUUUUCCAAGCAGUCUGCCAAGGGACAGUUUCAUUAUAGUGUGAGAGUGCUGCCUAUGAAACCAUGACAACUUCCAGUCUACGUGCAUUUUUCAUUCUGAAGCAAGCCUCGCUUGCUGCAAUGGGGAUGGCAGUCCAUCCAUCUCAGGCAGCCCUGUCCCUGUGUCGUGAUGUCAGGCCCCGGGAGAGACAGUGAUCUGGAGUCGGACCAUGCAGUAGACUGGUCCAUGAUGGACAUGCGGCUGGACUCGUUCCGGGGUUCCCCCCUGGCCCAGCAGGUGUCAGCGGAGAGGCUGGCCCGCGCUGGCUUCUACUUCACGGGACAGGCUGACAAGGUGCGCUGCUUCAGCUGCCACAAGACUGUAGAGAACUGGUGUGGAGGGGACACACCCGCGGAGAGGCACGCGGAGGUCUCCCCUAACUGUAAGUUCCUGAGCUGCACCCAUCGAUCCAGGGUCAACUCUCUUCAAGGUGCCAUGCUGACCAACGAACCCCACUACAACGAAGACGCCGAGGACAUGGAGUUCCGCCUGAGGACGGGAGAGGUGGUGGAUGAGUCCACCUACCCCAUGGUCCCGCACAUGGUCAGCGAAGACUCCCGGUUCAACACCUUAGGCCCGUGGCCCUCCACAUCCCCGGUCCGGCCAAGAGAGCUGGCCCAGGCAGGGCUCUUCUAUCUGGGGGAGAGUGACCGGGUGCAGUGCUUCUGCUGUGGAGGGAUGCUGGGGGGCUGGGAGCCUGGGGACACGGCGUGGGGGGAGCACUCCAAACACUUCCCCUACUGCUUCUUCAUACUGGGGCAUGAUGUGGGGAACCUCCCCUCUCAGGCGGGGAGAGAGGAGGAGGUAGGGGAGACCAGGCCACGCCCGGGUCCUCGGGUCCCCAUGCAGAGCUUUGAGGAGAGGCUAGGCAGCUUUGCAGGAAUCCAGCACCCUAUAGACCACGAGAGGCUGGCCAGAGCAGGCUUCUACAACACAGGAGCUCCAGACCGUGUGGUGUGUUUCUGCUGUGGUGGAGGUCUGAAGGGCUGGCAGCCGGACGAGAAUCCCUGGGAGGAGCACGCCAAACACUAUCCGGGGUGUAAUUUUCUGCUGACAGAGAAAGGACAGGAGUUCGUCAGCAGUGUUCAGUUAAAAGGUCCUGGCUGGAACAAUGCUGCUUCAAGUCACCUGAAUGGAUGUUCAAGUCACAGAACAGAGGUGCUGAGGUCAGCCAUGGCCCAGAGGGCGGUAGAGAUGGGUCUGGAGCCUGCCCUGGUAGAGAGGACCAUACUGGAGAGGAUACGCAGGGCUGGGACAGGCUACACCACCCUGGAGACUCUGCUGCAGGACUGCUUUAACAGAGGCCCUGACAGCGACGCAGAGACCGCAGAGAACCAUGAUGAGGAUCCCUUUGAGAAGCUACGGAAGCUGCAGAGGGAGAAACAGUGCAAAGUGUGUAUGGACAGAGACAUCUGCAUCGUCUUCAUCCCCUGUGGGCACCUGGUCGUCUGCAAGGAGUGUUCCGAGGCCCUCGACAAGUGUCCCAUCUGCUGUGCAGCCAUCACACAGAAGAUCAAGACAUACAUCUCCUAACAUGCAACCUGGUGUCAGGGAUUGUCAUCUCCAGAGUAGGAGUGCUGACCUAGGAUCAGGUCCUGUCUCUUACUCAUUAUGUUUUAAAAGGCAAAAGUGAGCCUAGAUCAGCAGUCUUAAUCUGAGAUGCUUAAUGAAUGCUGGCCCAGGAGGAUGAUUUUAUAAACACAGGCUUUCCUACUACAAAAUGUACAUAUAGAAAUAUUAUAUUUGAGGAGGACCACUGUAAAUAUGAAUAAGAGAAUCAUGGAAAGUGUGGGGAUUUUAUUUUUCAAUGAUUGUUGUAUAGAUGACACUUCCUUGUUAUGUGAUGUAUCAUUGAGGUUCACCCGACAAUACCUAAGAGGCAAUGGGCCUCAGUUUCCCAUCUUGGUAUGAAGAUUCAGAGGUUGACACUAUAUGGAGUACAGCUAUGAACAGAAAUGACUUUACGCAGCAGGUUAGGUAAAGGUUAGGGUUAGAUAAAAUGCGACAGUUGUCCCUGACUUGAGUUGAACAUGCAGCUUUUUGUCCAUGGCUGUAUCCAUGUACCCACAGUUCUGAUACUUACAUUUGAGUAAUUUAGCAGAUGCUCUUAUCCACAAUAGUGAGUGCAUACAUUUUAAUUUAUAGGUCCGCUGUGCAGCACCAUGAUCUACCAUUGCAGCUAUCAACAGUGCCUUUUCAAACAAUCUCAUUUACUUCUGUGUGUUUUCUUUAUUCAGACUAUCACAUCAUUUCCACGUUAUCUUCAUAUUUCUCUUAAAAUUAUGAAGUUGUUGACUGGGCUUUUGUUAUUGGUUUGCAAGUCAUGUGUUUCUAGUUAGUUUGCAAAGUACAUGUUUCUGAAGUAGAAGUUCUGCGAGUUCCCAAACGUACUGUCUGUUCCUUGGGCCAACUAGUAUGCUUUCAGUGUGGGACUCUUUUAUGAUUCAUUAUGUGUGCUCUGUGUGAAUAAAUAGAUGAAUUGUA